GUGAUCACACGAGGAAGAGAAGGAGUGGUGCAUAGAGAUCCAGGUUGCAGUACUCAUGACCAGUGCUUAAUGUUGUGUGUACGCGGUCACAGUCUGCUUCGGGCGGCAGGAGGACGGAGAGGCCUGAGAUGAUGUUAAGGAUCAGGAUGUGGGAUAUUUCAGUGAUGAAGAGGGAGAAGAGGUUUUGACAGCCAUGAGCGGAACACAAAGAACGGAUGCAGCACAAUUGGUGAAGAACAGCCGUGGUUAUCCAAGUGAAAUGUGUUUGGUUGUCUGAGACAGAAGCAGCACGGUGUGCAUGUAGAUUUCAGAAGAGGCAUCAUGGAAAAUCUUCUGUGUAUCUUCCUGCAGCCUGUCUUGUGUCGCUGUCGUACUUGACAGCAUGAUACCCCUUGACGAUGCAGAAGGAGACAGGGCAGAAGGAAGGAGGGAUCUCUUUUGUAGUGAUAUAACGGCAGCAUGAGCAGCAGUGGCAACAGCUGCAGCAGUAGCAGCAGAUAAUGUCUGGAAGUGUAGGCAAGGAAUAGCAUUGGUAGAAGCAGAGAGGUGGCAGGGCGAGCGGAGCAGGGGCGAGGAGGAUGUCGACUUUUUGAUUGCGAAUUUUUUUCAACUGUCAAGUUCCUCACGACUUGUUGUGCAGGUAACCAUGGCUCGCGGACCAAGGAAGCACUUGAAGCGCAUCACAGCGCCCAAGCACUGGAUGCUUGACAAGCUGACGGGAGUCUUUGCCCCCCGUCCCUCCGCUGGUCCGCACAAGCUCAGGGAGUGCAUCCCCCUGCUGCUGCUCAUCCGCAACAGGCUCAAGUACGCUCUGACUUACUCAGAGGCCAAGGUUAUCAUGAACAGCCGGAGCAUCAAGGUGGACGGCAAGAUCAGGACCGACGUGACCUACCCCUGCGGCUUCAUGGACGUGCUCUCGAUCGAGAAGACCGGCGAGCACUUCCGUCUCCUUCACGACACCAAGGGAAGGUUCGUCCUCCACCGCCUCACCCAGGCCGACGCCCAGCACAAGCUCUGCCGCGUCAAGAGCCUUGGCGUUGGCAUCAACAAGGUCCCCUACAUCGUCACUCAUGACGGCCGCACCAUCCGCUACCCCGACCCUCUCAUCAAGCCCAACGACACCGUCCAGAUCGAUCUCGCCACCAACACCAUCAUCGGAUUCUCCAAGUUCGAGGUUGGCAACGUGUGCGCAAUCACUGGGGGUCACAACAUCGGGCGUGUCGGAAUCAUUCAGUCCACGGAGAAGCAUCCUGGAUCGCACAACAUCGUUCACAUCAAGGACAAGACUGGCGCCACCUGGGCCACCCGUCAGAGCAACGUGUUCGUUCUGGCCACGGGCAAGAAGCCUGAGAAGGCCUACAUCCUCCGCACUCAGGGUAUCAAGCACUCCAUCAUCGAGGAGCAGCGCCGCCGCCAGGAUAAGUCUAACAAGAACUAAAGUAGACAAUGUCUUGAUAAAACAUGCAAUGGAAAAGUU